AUUUCUUCCACCAUGAAGGCACUCGCUGCUGCCCUUGUUGUUGGCACUGUACAAGCACUUCCUCAAUCCGGCGCGCCAACACCUGUACCAUCAGCUUCUCCUGUUCCUAUGACCCCUCUACCAAACAACGAUGAUCUACUCGCAAAGUUGAAGACCGAUUCAAGUGCCAUCAAGCGCUAUCAGCGACUCCUCACCAACAAUGGCGAGGAACUGCUCGGUCAGGAAGACCUCGCCAAAGCCACUGUUCUCGAUUUCCAAGCAACGAGGAUUCCAGUGGUUGGAUCGCAAGGGGGAUCGAACUCACCUGCUUUCCCCGGGAACCUCCCCAUUCUUCUCGACUCAGGCCUAAACAUCAACUUCGCAACUCUCGGUCCUUGCGGACUCUUCCUUCCGCACGUCCACCCUCGCGCCAACGAGUUCUUCGUCGUCGUAGAAGGCGAAGUCGACUUCGGCUACAUGUUGGAAAUCGGUCUUCUCAACCCACCCGCACCCAACCCCAACCCAGAAAUCACCGGCAAACUCACCAAGCAUAAGGGCACUGUGUUUCCUCAAGGCAGCGUGCAUUGGCAGAUCAAUGACUCCGAGGAUUGCACUUCCACGGCUGUUUAUACGUUCUUGAGCUCUGAUGACCCGGGAUCUACUGCUAUCUUGCAGUCCCCUGCUGGAGGCAAUGGAACUAUGAGGAAGAGACUCGUGGAUAUGGAGGAGGUGGACGAUGUUAGGCCUUUGUUGCCUCCUCAGUUGGCUGAUACUGUCACCAAGUGCCUCGCGCGCUGCAAGAAGAACUGAAAGCACUUGUGCUAAGGUGGUGGGGAGGCGGUAGUUUAAGACUGUUUAGAUGGAGAUGAUGGUAGUAUUUUGCUAGGGCUGUUUGGCUUUGGCUUUCGCUCGUUCGUAUAUUUAAUAGAUUUG